CUGGCGCCCGCCUAUCCCGCUGGCCUGGGCGCCUUUGGCGUCUACCUACGCGGCUACCACGGCGCCCUGGCGGAGUGGCUGGGGGCCUCGGCCCGCCGCAGGCUGCCGCUGGCCGACCGCUACGCGCUGCUGCACUGGCACAACCAGGUGUACCCCAGAGAGGUCCUAGGGCUGGUGGACAUGGUUGCCCUGGAGAACGGGGAGCUGGGGCCCCUUCUAUCCCCUGGCACCCUGCGGGGUUUGGAGGACGAAUGUGUCACAGAUGUUAAGGCUCAGACCCGGGCAGCCCUUCUUCGAGUGCUGCAGGAGGAUGAGGAGCACUGGGGGAGCUCGGAGGAGCAGCCCAGCAGCCUGGCCCAGGAUGUGUGUGAGCUGCUGGAGGAGCACACAGAGCGAGCACCACGCAUCAGCCAGGAGUUCGGGGAACGGAUGGCCCACUGCUGCCUGGGGGGGCUGGCAGAGUUUCUACAGAGCUUCCAGCAGCGGGUGGAGCGAUUCCAUGAGAACUCAGGAGUUCGGGAGCUGCCACCUGACACCUACAUCAGCAGGACCAUCGCACUAGUCAACUGUGGGCCCCCUCUGAGGGCUCUGGCUGAGCGCCUGGCCAGGGUGGGGCCCCCUGAAAGCGAGCCAGCCCGAGAAGCUUCAGCUAGUGCCCUGGACCGUGUGACCCGGCUGUGCCACCGUGUCCUGACUGACCUGCUGUUCCAGGAGCUACAGCCGUACUUCAACAAGCUGAUGCGCCGGAAGUGGCUGAGCAGCCCUGAGGCACUGGAUGGCAUCGUGGGCACGCUGGGCGCUCAGGCCCUGGCCUUGCGCCGGAUGCAGGACGAGCCUUACCAGGCGCUGGUGGCCGAGCUGCACCGGCGAGCGCUGGUGGAGUACGUGCGGCCCCUGCUCCGCGGGCGCCUGCGCUGCAGGUCGGCGCGGACCCGCAACCGCGUGGCCGGGAGGCUCCGGGAGGACGCGGCGCAGCUGCAGAGGCUGUUCCGGCGCCUGGAGUCCCAGGCCUCAUGGCUAGACGCUGUGGUGCCCCAUUUGGCUGAAGUCUUGCAGCUGGAAGACACGCCCAGCAUCCAGGUGGAGGUGGGGGUGCUGGUGCGUGACUACCCAGACAUCAGGCGCAAGCAUGUGGCAGCCCUCCUCGAUGUCCGUGGCCUACGAAACACAGCUGCCCGCCAGGAGAUCCUGGCCGUGGCCCGGGACCUGGAACUGUCAGAGGGGGGAGCCUUGUCACCUCCUAGAGACCAUGCCUUCUUCGCAGACAUCCCUGUUCCCCGCCCAUCUUUCUGCCUUGGCCUCCCUCUCUUCCUGGGCCACCUCCCCCUCUCCCGACUGGCCAGGCCUAAUCUGGCCUGUCUGCCCUGGCCCAGGCCUCCGUCUCCAGUACGGCCCCGGGCCCAACGCUGAGGCUCUCCCAGCCCUCCACCUAGGUGCCCCCAUCUCUGCUGCUGACAAGCCACCCUUCCUUGUGGCCUCCUCCUGACUCCUUGCCUGGGACCACAGACCCCUGGGAUGGGAAGACCCUUAGAGGUAUUCUCACCCAACCCAUAGUCCUUAUACAGAAGGAAAACAGAAGCCAGAAGGAGCAAGGACUUUCCCAAGGCCACAGGGCCCAUUCCCAGCACCACCCCCCUCCAUAGCCCAGUGUGGUGUGUGGUGUUCUGGAAGGCUCUACAGAAAUAUCCCAGCCCUCCCCCUUUUCCCCUCACCUCAAGGUCUGGCCCCAAUCCAAUGUAUUAAGGAAUGUUCGAUACUUAGAAUAAAGAGGUUUCUAUUUAACACAA